AUGAGAGAGCAUAGGCCAAGAACUCGCCUUCCGCCUUGGCCGAGAAAUCGGGACCGAGAAACGGAAGAAAACCGGAUUCAACGUAUUAACCGACCGGUUAGUUCCGUUUCAAGACAGUGUUAUGUAAAUGAGGAUGAUAAUGAUAGAAAUGGGUACGAGCGAAAACUGUCACAGUUCAAUGAGACUUUACCUAGAAGCGAGGUAAUUUUCAGAAAGUUUGAAUGGGCCAAUCUCUUGGCCUGUAAACCCGAAAAAUCGGAUUUCGGUAGAAACCUUAAUGAAAAUGACAAUGUCUUGGGGUUCAACAAAAGUAAAAUACCAUACUACAAUGACGGCGCCGUUUUCCCGUCAAGAAAAUAUCAUUUGAGUGUGAAUGAAAAUGUUGAAAGAGGAUUAUACAGAGAAGAAAAGAAACUUGGUUUUGUCUCUAAAGAUAGUUUACUUCCAUACACAACAACAGCUUUUCAGUUAAAAGGUGAUUAUAAUGAGAUGUACAAGGAUGGGGGAUUUUGUAGGAGCAGAGAAAUGCUUGAUGGAUCAAUUGCUCAUGGAGGGUAUUGUUGUGAAACGCCAGUUUCAAAACCCUCUUCAAUGCGGUCUUUUGCUUUUGUUGAAGAGCAAGGAAAUAUGGCCAGUGCUCAAGAUGAUUAUAGGGUGCAAAGUUCUGUGAGAGCUAGUUUUGUUGAUUCGAUGGUGCAAACUUGUGUGAGAGCUAGCAUUGUUGAUUCAAUUGUGAACAAACUUGAUGGUAAUAACAAUUCUAUUAGAAAUGGUAUAAGAUAUGGCAGGGAAAUUGAGCAUAACCAGGCUUUACAUCAUGAGUAUCUCAAUGGUGGAAAAGAAUCAGUUACAAAGGAGGAAGAUAGGGAAUGCUCUGGUUCUAGAACUUUUCAUUAUAGCAGGGGAUCACAAGAUGUAGAUUACUCUGGCUCCGCUUCUGGUUCUAGAGGCUUUGAUAAUGAGUGUGGAUUAGAAGUGAAUUUGGAUAAUGGAGGUCUGCAAGUGGGAGAAGAUUAUGGUUUCUUAAAAGAUGGUGGUCUUGAAUCAUAUGAAGAAGGUUUGAAGAGAUUGGAUGAAGACUUUUUACAUGAGAAUAUAAGUAGGUCACAACAGAUGUUGGGAGAAGAGGAACUAGGCUAUGAGGAUCAAUCGAAAAAGGUGCUCAGGAGAGGUCGUGUUAUAGAUUUGAGAAAGAUUACUCGAAGUCCGAAUCAUACAUCGUCUUUUGAUUGCAUUACCUCUCAUGAAAAUGAACAAUGGACUACAGAAGAUACUGAACGAUUUUUAGUCUUGAAAGAUUUGGAAUCCAGGCAGCCACUUGAUGAGAUGACAAGUCACAACCUGUUACCGUCUCCAUUUUUGCCAGUAUCUAUGCAAGAGCAUUCAACUGGACAUGUUCAACAUUCUAGCGUAGAUUUAAAGAAGCCUUUGGGGCCUGCUCGAAAUGUAAUGGAGCGUUUAGGUCCCGCUCCAAAUAUAAAGAAACGAUUGAAGCGUUCAAGCAGACCCGUUAAAAGUCAUAAACAAAACGAGUUUACUGGAAGAUAUUUGGAUGAUUUUCGCGAAGGUGUUCAUAUCCAAGGGGAUGAUUACUUGAAAGUUCAAAUGGAAAGUUCAGAUGCUGAACCACUAGAACACACUGAAUGUUUCGAGCAACUUGUACAUAGCGCUUUUUUGAAGUUUGCCAAAGCAUUGAAUGACAGCACAGCUCAACAGAGGAAAUACACAGAGCGGGGAGGAAAAUGUACUUUAAAGUGCAGUGUCUGUUGCAGAAAGUCGAAAGAUUUUGUGGACGCAUUGAGCUUGGCACAGCAUGCCUUCAUGUCUAAGACAGCUGGGCUCAGAGCAGAGCACUUGGGCUUUCACAGAGCCCUUUGUGUGUUGAUGGGAUGGAAUAAUGCAGCAACCCCUAACGGUCUAUGGGUUCCACGGGUAUUGCCUUAUGCUGAAGCCUUAGCUCUGAAGCAGGAUCUCAUUAUAUGGCCUCCAGUUGUUUUUGUCCACAACAGUUCCAUAGCAAACACUAAUCCAGAUGAGCGGAUCAUUGCAACUAUUGAAGAGCUUGAGUCCAUUAUCAGAGGUAUGGGAUUUGGUCAGGGAAUCAGCAAGGUGUGUCGAGGGAGAGCUGCAAAUCAAAGUACUAUGGUAGUGAACUUUUAUGGCACCUUUUCUGGAUUGCAAGAAGCAGAGAAACUCCAUGAGCUAUUUGCUGACAAAAAGCGUGGGAGGGCUGAGUUCGAGCACAUUACUUUUCAGGGCAGAAUCAGUAGUGACAAAACAUGUAAUGCAGAUAAGGUUGAGAAUGUUCUAUAUAGCUACUUGGGAAUCGCAGAAGACUUGGAUAAACUUGAUUUUGAAGCAAAGAGACGAUGUUUUGUGAAGAGCAAGAAGGACAUCCUGACCAUUGCACAUACCAGUUUUGGUAGUAAAUGAAAUGAGUAGGACCUGUCUGUCUAUAUUAGGAGUAUUAGUAGAUGGCCAUAUGGUUCCCUUCCCAGGUUUGCUCAGUGCAAACAAAAUUGCUCAAUUUUGGUUUCUUGAUACAGGGAAACGGACACAAUUCUUCCUGAAGUUACUACUGGCUUUUUUCCAUCAAUGAGAGGAGGAAUUGCUUAUGUUUAGAAUUGUAACUGAUGGAGAAUCUAUAAUCUAACAGAAUUUUAUAUUUGGUUUAAAUGUUACUAUUACUACUUUUAGUUAGAU